AUGCCCGAGUCUGCAGUAGCUAAUUACUAUUUACAGAGUACUUUGUUUAUGUGUUUAAACGAGCAUAAAUACAAAUGCUGAGCUUGGGCAAUCCAUGUCAGUCCACCACAAUAAGAGCUAAAAACAAUGCUUAACAUUUGCCAAGUCAAAGAUACAAACAGCAUCAAGCUGGAAGCUGUGGACCUGCAGUUCGCUAUGGAGCAAUCAAAUUGGGAACAGGCACAAAACAGCACAGAGCAGCAACAGGACGGGAUUUUCGCGUGGGAAAUGACAAAGAAGCAACUUAAAACGAGCUCUGAGAGAACAGAGUUUACGUCAAAUUUCGAUGUGGAUCCGGAUAUUCGAAAAGCCAAAUUCUUGCAGCGACCGGAGAAAAGAAAACCACAACGCACAAUGGAAAAGGAUAAAAAGGAAACGAGGCUGCCAGAAGUAUUUCGAUAUUUUGGCAGUAUUCAAAGAGUAAAGGAGCCGAGAGCCAAACCAGGUGCAAUUAUCGCCACCUGCAACGCGUGCGGCACACGCAUCAGAGGCUUCCUCACAGUCACCUCCAACUUCAUCAAACAUUUGCGUGUGAAGCAUGUGAAAAUUCACGCUGCCUUCAUUGGCUCGAAGUACGCCAUAGAAGAGGCCGCAACGGAAGAGCAGCAGAGCGAUUCGUUUGAGCACCGCGUCAUGUGCUAUAUAAUAGAUAAUGCCCUGCCCCUGGCAACUGUGGAGUCUCCCAGUUUCCUCAAUCUCUUCAAGAAUACCAAUUUACGUGUGAUGAAUCAGGCGAGACUGAAGAGUCACUUGGAUGAGCGCUUUCUGCAAAUGUCUGACAGUAUUAAACAGCAGCUGGCGAGCCAGAAAUACGUUUGCAUUACGACAAACAUCUGCUCAAAUAGCAGCGAGUACAACUAUUUCGUUUAUAGUUGUCAUUGGCUGGACGAGAAGUUUCAGAGGCAUUCAGCUGCCCUGGCCUGCAGGCGUUUCUCUGGGGAUUAUGCUCAGGUAUUGGAGACGAUACGCAAAAUUAACAAUGUGUACGCAUUCAAUAAUCUAAAAAUUGUGGGAUCUAUCACAAAUAAUGAUAGAAAUUACUCAAAAGCCUUUCAAGAAUUCGGCAUAGAUUUGAAAAAGGAAAUAAAUAAUCAAGACCAUAUAAAUGUCGAUGACCUAAAGGAACUCAUCUGCGAGGCCUUACCAAAUCGAAUGGAAUGUGCAAACGAAAUACUAAAUAUUGUAGCCUCUACUGAUUUCUUGAAAUUGCUGUCCAGGGAUAAAAACCUAAAGGAACGACACUUGAAGAUCAUGGCCAAAUGUAGUGCACUGUGGCGCAAAUGUUUUUGCUCUCCAUCGGCUCAGAUCAUUGCCGCCCUCUUGGGUGAGGCUUUAGUGUGUCCCUCUAGAAAUCGUUGGUUUUCCAUAUACGAUAGCAUUUGCUGCAUUCUGUUGCACAAGGAUAAACUUGGUGAGCUUUGCAGUCAGCUGGCUUUGCAUAACUCCUGUUUCUCUGCCAGUGAUUUGCAAUAUCUCGAGGAAUAUCGCAUCCUAAUGUCACCUAUAGCAACGACAAUCGAGUUUUUGCGCAUGGAGAGCAAUUUAUACUAUGGCUGUCUAAUUCCUGCCUUGACUUCGCUUUGCGUUAAACUGAAGAGAGUCUCAGAUGUCUUGGAACUGAUCGACCUGAAGAGUUUGGCCUUUGAGCUACAAGUGGAACUGAAGCAGCGAUUCUCCAACUAUAUUCAGCUGGCUGCAGAGGCAAAUCAUGCAAUUAUUGCAUCUGUUCUGUGUCCUGGCAUCAAAAUGCGUUGGCUUAAUGUCUUAGCCAAGCUUUCGGCCCAUGAACAGCGCAGCGCGAGGGAAAUACAACAAAUGGUAAUUGCAGAGGUUGUGCGGCAUGCGAAGGCUACAGAGAAUGUUGGCCAAAGUGCUGCCAUGGAAACGGCUUAUACAACGGGCAAGGAUGAUUUCUAUGAAUUCGAUGAAAUGGAUGAUGUUUGUGAGACAAGCGAUUUGGAUAUGUCGCAGCCCUCGCCUCUGCCAGCUGCCACGAAAUUAAUAGAGAAUGCCGAGUCACAGCUUCUGGACUAUCUAAAAGAUCCAUGCACCUCAUUUGAGACGCUCGCCAAGUAUCCUUUAUUGCAAGACCUGGCACUCAAAUAUAACACGCCCCUAACAUCGGCAAAUGAGGGAGCACUAACAAAACCGCAUAUUAACAGAUAUAAUCAAAUAACAAAUCUAGCCGAUUAUUCAGUAGAAAAACUCAUCUUACUAAAGGCAAAUUAUAAUAAUAAUUAUUAAAUAAUGGAUAAUUAAUGUUCUUGUUCAAGUAAGAAACUCAAAAAAGAGUUGGAAGAAACGUACUUCAAUUGCAGUUCAAAGAUUCAUUCCAAUUAGACUUCUAAUUAAAGUAAAAGAUUUGCCAACUUGUGCUGCAGUUCCAAUCAAGGGAAUAAUACAGAUAGGCAUUCCAAUUUAAAGUCUAAUUCCAUUCGAAUCGAUAUUCCAAUUGAAGUCAAAUUUUCUAGAACAGGUUUUCUUCUGAAAACUAUUCGAAAACUACAUUUUUACUAAAUAUAUAUAUUUUAUUUAAAAUGAAAAAGCCAUCAACAAAACUUCCAAUCAAACAAAUUUCGGAGAUUUCAAACAAAUUGUCAUUCACAAUUGUGCUUCGUAACGAUUAAUGCCAUUCGCAGCGAUAGAGCGCACCAACCAUAUUCACAAUAGUAUUUGCACGCUUUCAAGUUGUAAAUAAAAUCUGGAGUAAAUGCCGAAAUCAAAAUUUUAAAGAAAAGGACAGAAAAUGCCUAAGCAAAUCUUAACUGCCAGCAGCGCCAAGAAAGACGUUAAGGAGAAUAAGGAUGCCUUAGAAGAUGAAGCGCACCAAAGAGCUGUCAAUGCGCAGUUAAAAAUUGAAGUGAAUUUAAAUGAAAUGACAAAGAAGGCACGGGUACGUCUACGAAACGCAAUUGCUAAGGAAAUGUCGGAAGUGAACAGACGCAAGUUAGCUGCAGCAAAAGCGCCGAAGAAAUCAAAGAAGAGAUCCAAAACAGCUGCAGCUGCAUCAGCAGCACCAGCACCAGCAAGAACAACAGCAAUAGCCACAACAACAAAGACUGCGCCAAACACCAAUUCCAAUUCGAAUCUGAAUAUAAAGGCACCUUCAAGUGCUCCAAGUUCCAAACCGAAUUCUAGCAGAAGCUCAAAUUCUAAUACUGGCAACAGUCAAGUGCAGCUUGGCUUCAUAGCAUCGAAGAGAUCGGCUCCGCUCACAGAGAAACAGAUGGCCCGACUGCAGGAGGCCAUAUUGGAUGUAACUGUAAAUAACAAAACAAAUUUGCGCCCACAAUACGACGACUGCAUACCGCAGUCGGAGUGGCUGCUGCUGGUGUGCGCCAAUAAGAAGACCGCGAACUGGAUUAAAGACCAUUUUAAUUUGAUACGCAAGCGAAGCAGACUGGAAAUCGAUUUGCUGGAGGAGAAUCAGAUACCACGCCAUAUUAUUGAAGGCUACUUUCCCAAUAGUGCGCAUCUGCCAGACGAUAAGGUUCUGGCAUUGAUAAAUGCACAAAAUCCCAUUCAAACACAACAAUGGAGAAUUUUACGUCGCUCUGCGAAUGGCAGCACACUGCACUUAUCGAUAGCUAUCGAUGGCAACUCAAAACAAACGCUCGUUACGCGGGGCGGCAAUAUUUGUUAUUGCUUCGGCCGCAUCUGUUUAAAUCUUAACAACUAUACAGCUGAUGUCACCUCUACGAGUGUGCACUCGAUGCAGCAUCAGCUGAAUGAAAGUAAAUUGGAUUUGUACAAUCAAGUGUCUGGCAGUGAGUGGAACUUAAUUAUGGACCAAUUAGAUUCGGUCUUUGAUGGCGUAAAUAAUGUGCGCACUCCCAAUAACAGCAUUUCCGAAUGGAAUGCGCAAUUCAACUGUGAAUUCAACGGACAGCUCUAAGAAGCUUGGGUCACAAAACUGUAUGCAAACAACGGUUAUGGAAGGACUCGCAGUCAUUUUUAGUAAAAUCGUUAAGUUUAAAAAUAUUUAAAGAGAUAAUAACAGUGGUAUAACAAUGAAGUAUAAUUUGACCAAUUAA